AGAAAAACACCCCAACUCACCAAUGACAGCAAAGCAGAUAUUGGAAGUCAUUCAGAAAGAAGGGUUAAAAGAAACAAGUGGAACCUCUCCAUUAGCCUGUCUGAAUGCAAUGCUUCACACUAACACUCGAAUAGGGGAUGGAACAUUCUUCAAAAUCCCUGGAAAGUCAGGCCUGUAUGCUCUCAAAAAAGAGGAGUCGUCAUGCCCAGCAGAUGGCACGUUGGAUUUAGUCUGCGAAUCUGAAUUGGAUGGUACAGAUAUGGCCGAGGCAAAUGCCCGUGGAGAAGAAAAUGGAGUUUGUUCAAAGCAGGUAACUGAUGAAGCAUCUUCCACUCGAGAUUCAAGCCUUACUAACACAGCAGUGCAAAGCAAGUUAGUGUCUUCCUUCCAGCAGCACACCAAAAAGGCUCUUAAACAGGCUUUGAGGCAGCAGCAGAAAAGAAGAAAUGGAGUCUCAAUGAUGGUAAACAAGACUGUUCCUCGUGUUGUUUUGACACCAUUGAAGGUGUCUGAUGAGCAGUCGGAUUCGCCUUCAGGAUCCGAAUCUAAAAAUGGUGAAGCAGACAGUUCAGAUAAAGAAAUGAAACAUGGGCAAAAAUCUCCCACUGGAAAACAAACAAGUCAGCACUUAAAACGAUUAAAAAAGUCUGGUUUAGGGCACUUGAAAUGGACCAAAGCUGAGGACAUUGACAUAGAAACCCCAGGAUCUAUUCUUGUCAACACUAACUUGAGGGCAUUAAUAAAUAAACAUACGUUUGCUUCUUUACCUCAGCAUUUUCAACAAUACCUCCUGCUUUUGCUCCCAGAAGUGGAUAGGCAGAUGGGAAGUGAUGGAAUUUUACGCCUCAGUACUUCAGCUCUAAAUAAUGAAUUCUUUGCAUAUGCAGCGCAAGGGUGGAAACAGCGACUGGCAGAAGGAGAGUUUACCCCAGAAAUGCAAUUGCGGAUAAGGCAAGAAAUUGAGAAGGAAAAGAAAACAGAACCUUGGAAAGAAAAAUUCUUUGAGAGGUUUUAUGGAGAAAAGCUGGGCAUGUCAAGAGAGGAAUCUGUGAAGCUCACUACUGGACCAAACAAUGCCGGAGCUCAGAGUAGUUCUUCAUGUGGGACUUCUGGCCUUCCAGUUUCUGCACAGACACCCUUGGCAGAACAACAGUCAAAAAGCAUGAAAAGCCCAGCUUCUCCAGAGCCUGGUUUCUGUGCUACUCUUUGCCCUAUGGUAGAAAUUCCAGCUAAAGAUAUAAUGGCAGAAUCGGAGUCAGAGGAUAUCUUGAUCCCUGAAGAAUCUGUAAUUCAGGAGGAAAUUACAGAAGAGGUAGAGACUAGUAUCUGUGAAUGCCAGGAUGAAAAUCAUAAGACAAUACCUGAAUUUUCUGAGGAGUCUGAAAGUCCAACCAAUUCUCAUGAAGAACCCCAAACAGCACCUCCUGAAGAUAACUUGGAGUCCUGUGUUAUGAUGAAUGAUGUUUUAGAAACUUUGCCUCAUAUUGAAAUUAAGAUAGAAGAGAAGUCAGAAUCACCCCAGGAAGAAAUGACAGUUGUUAUCGAUCAGUUAGAAGUCUGUGAUUCUCUUGUUCCUUCCACUUCAUCUGUGACUCAUGUCAGUGACACAGAACAUAAGGAGUCAGAAACUGCGAUAGAGACCAGUACCCCCAAAAUAAAAACAGGGUCAUCUUCUCUAGAAGGCCGGUUUCCAAAUGAAGGAAUUUCUGUAGAUAUGGAGCUACAGAGUGACCCUGAAGAACAGCUUUCAGAAAAUGCCUGCAUCUCUGAAACGUCCUUUUCUUCGGAGAGCCCAGAGGGAGCCUGUACCAGCCUGCCUUCCCCAGGAGGGGAAACACAGUCCACAUCAGAAGAAUCAUGUACUCCAGCCUCCUUUGAGACAACAUUUUGUUCUGAGGUGUCUAGCACUGAAAAUACAGACAAAUACAACCAGAGAAAUUCCACUGAUGAAAACCUUCAUGCAUCUUUGAUGUCAGAAAUCUCUCCAAUAUCCACUUCACCUGAACUAUCAGAAGCAUCUCUUAUGUCCAAUUUACCAUUAACAUCUGAAGCAUCACCAAUAUCCAACUUACCUUUAACAUCAGAAACCUCACCGAUGUCCGACUUACCUUUAACAUCAGAAACUUCUUCAGUGUCUUCCAUGCUUCUCACCUCUGAGACCACUUUUGUAUCCAGUUUGCCACUUCCUUCAGAAGCGUCUCCAAUUUCUAACUCUUCCAUAAAUGAGAGAAUGGCACAUCAGCAAAGAAAGUCACCUUCUGUAUCUGAAGAACCGCUCUCCCCGCAGAAAGAUGAGUCUUCCGCCGCUGCCAAACCUGUGGGAGAGAACCUUACCUCACAGCAGAAGAAUCUAUCUAAUACUCCAGAACCCAUCAUAAUGAGUUCUUCUUCCAUUACUCCUGAAGCGUUUCCGUCUGAAGAUUUGCACAAUAAAACCCUGAGUCAGCAAACUUGUAAAUCCCAUGUUGACACUGAGAAGCCCUACCCUGCUUCGAUUCCAGAACUUGCUUCUGCGGAAAUGAUAAAAGUUAAAAAUCAUAGCGUCCUGCAAAGAACAGAAAAAAAAGUGUUAUCUUCACCAUUGGAAUUAUCUGUCUUUUCUGAAGAGACAGAGAAUAAGGGAAAUGAGCUUCCAUCUGCUAAAUUACAGGACAAGCAGUAUAUCUCAUCAGUGGAUAAGACUUCAUUUUCAGAAGGCUCUAGAAAUAAGACACAUAAGCAAGGGAGUACACAGAGUCGGUUAGAAACCUCACAUACUUCCAAGUCCUCAGAGCCCUCCAAGUCACCUGAUGGGAUGAGAAAUGAAAGUAGAGAUUCAGAGAUCUCAAAGAGGAAAACUGCAGAGCAGCACAGCUUUGGAAUCUGUAAGGAAAAGAGAGCUAGGAUAGAAGAUGAUCAGUCAACCCGGAACAUAUCAUCUAGCAGCCCAUCUGAGAAAGAACAGCCUCCAAGAGAGGAACCAAGGGUUCCCCCUCUCAAGAUUCAGCUUUCCAAAAUUGGGCCACCUUUUAUAAUCAAGAGCCAACCAGUCUCCAAACCCGAGUCUCGAGCAUCCACUAGCACAUCCGUCAGUGGCGGGAGGAACACAGGAGCCAGGACCCUCGCAGAUAUCAAGGCCCGGGCCCAACAAGCUCGGGCCCAGCGAGAGGCUGCUGCAGCUGCUGCCGUAGCUGCUGCAGCGAGCAUUGUCUCUGGAGCCAUGGGAAGCCCAGGAGAGGGUGGAAAGGCGAGAACCCUGGCACACAUCAAAGAACAGACAAAGGCUAAGCUCUUUGCAAAGCAUCAAGCUCGAGCCCAUCUCUUCCAGACCUCUAAAGAGACCCGGUUGCCUCCGCUCAGCUCAAAGGAAGGGGCUCCAAACUUAGAAGUCUCUUCUACCCCUGAAACAAAAAUGGAAGGUUCGACUGGUGUCAUUAUUGUCAAUCCAAACUGUAGAUCUCCUAGCAACAAGUCUGCCCACCUCCGGGAGACCACCACUGUACUACAGCAGUCUCUUAACCCAAGUCAACUUCCAGAAACUGCCACUGACUUAUCUGUGCAUAGUUCUGAUGAAAACAUACCUGUGUCACAUUUAUCUGAGAAAAUUGUUUCAUCUACCUCUUCUGAAAAUAGCAGUGUGCCCAUGCUUUUUAAUAAAAAUUCUGUCCCUGUAUCUGUUUGCAGCACUGCUAUAUCGGGAGCAAUUAAAGAACAUCCCUUUGUGAGUUCUGUUGAUAAAUCCUCUGUCCUAAUGUCUGUUGACAGUGCAAACACUACAAUUUCUGCUUGUAAUAUAAGCAUGUUAAAAACCAUCCAGGGAACUGACGCUCCAUGCAUAGCCAUUAUACCAAAAUGUAUUGAAAGCACUCCCAUUUCAGCCACUACAGAGGGCUCCAGCAUAUCAAGCUCCAUGGAUGAUAAGCAGUUACUAAUAUCAAGCAGCAGUGCUAGUAACUUAGUCUCCACUCAGUACACCUCUGUGCCAACUCCCUCCAUCGGAAACAAUUUGCCAAACCACCUCUCCGCUAGCUCUGUCUUGAUUCCCCCGACGGGAAUUAACAACAGAUUUCCUCCUGAGAAGAUAGCCAUACCUGGGAGUGAAGAACAGGCCACUGUAUCCAUGGGUACCACUGUGAGAGCAGCCUUCAGCUGCAGUGAUUCCGUAGCGGUCACAGACUCUCUGGUUGCACACUCAGCCGUUGCAAUGUUUAGUGGAAACAUGCUGACCAUAAACUCUUAUGAUAGUCCUCCCAAGUUAAGUGCUGAAAGCCUGGACAAAAAUUCAGGGCCUCGAAACAGGGCAGAUAAUUCUGGAAAACCUCAGCAACCACAAGGGGGCUUUGCACCAGCAGCCAUAAACCGAUCAAUUCCGUGUAAAGUCAUCGUUGACCACAGCACCACGCUGACCUCCAGUUUGUCUCUGACUGUCUCCGUUGAAAGUUCAGAAGCCAACUUGGACCUGCAGGGCAGGCCAGUGAGGACAGAGGCAUCCGUACAGCCCAUGGCGUGUCCUCAGGUCUCUGUGAUUAGCAGGCCUGAGCCAAUUGCCAGUGAAGGUGUAGAUCACAGUUCCACUUUCAUUGCUGCUUCGGCAGCAAAACAAGAGUGUAAAAUAUUGCAGGCCACCUGCACAAGUCUCCGAGAAUUACCCCUUGUUCCAGAUAAAUUAAAUGAGCCGACUGCUCCCAGUCAUAACUUUGCUGAGCAGGCACGUGGCCCAGCUACGUUCAAAAGUGAGGCAGACACAACCUGUAGCAAUCAGUAUAACCCAAGUAACCGGAUUUGCUGGAGUGAUGAUGGGAUGAGGAGCACAGGACAGCCUUUGGUUACUCACUCGGGUUCAAGUAAACAAAAAGAAUAUCUAGAGCAAAAUUGUCCAAAGGCUAUCAAAACUGAACAUGCCAGCUACUUGAACGUGUCCGAACUUCAUCCCAGGAAUCUCAUAACAAAUGUCGCUCUUCCUGUGAAAUCUGAACUUCAUGAAGCAGACAAGGGCUUUAGAAUGGACACUGAAGACUUCCCCGGCCCUGAGCUGCCUCCUCCAGCUGCAGAGGUAGCCUCUAGUGUACAACAAACACAGAACGUGAAAGCUUCCACCUCGAGCCCCAUGGAAGAGGCUAUUUCCUUGGCUACCGACACCCUGAAAAGAGUCCCUGGUGCAGGGAGCUCAAGCUGUCGUCUGUCCUCUGUGGAAGCUAACAACCCGCUGGUGACGCAGUUACUACAGGGCAACCUGCCUUUGGAAAAAGUGUUGCCGCAACCCAGAUUGGGAGCCAAGCUUGAAAUCAACAGGCUUCCGUUGCCUCUUCAAACUACCUCAGUGGGUAAAACAGCGCCAGAGAGAAACGUUGAAAUUCCGCCCAGCUCUCCAAAUGCAGAUGGUAAGGGCUACUUGGCAGGGACUCUUGCACCACUCCAAAUGAGAAAGCGAGAAAACCACCCCAAAAAGAGAGUAGCUAGGACUGUAGGAGAACACACUCAAGUUAAAUGUGAACCAGGAAAAUUGUUGGUGGAGCCAGAUGUUAAAGGGGUGCCUUGUGUCAUCAAUUCUGGCAUGAGUCAGCUGGGACACAGCCAGACAUUUAAGCAAGAAUGGCUAAACAAGCACUCCAUGCAGAACAGAAUUGUUCACAGCCCUGAGGUCAAACAGCAAAAGAGACUGCUCCCCUCGUGUAGCUUCCAGCAGAACCUAUUUCAUGUUGACAAGAAUGGCGGCUUCCACCCUGACGCUGGUACCUCACACAGACAGCAGUUUUACCAAAUGCCUAUGGCUGCCAGGGGCCCCAUUCCUACUGCAGCUCUAUUACAGGCCUCUUCCAAGACCCCAGUGGGGUGUAAUGCAUUUGCCUUCAACAGGCAUCUUGAACAGAAGGGAUUGGGAGAGGUUAGUCUUUCCUCAGCACCUCACCAGCUAAGGUUAGCCAACAUGUUAUCUCCCAAUAUGCCCAUGAAAGAAGGUGAUGAGGUGGGAGGCACUGCACAUGCAAUGCCAAACAAAGCACUAGUACAUCCGCCCCCCCCACCACCUCCACUACCUCCACCUCUCCCUAAUGCAGAAGUCCCAUCCGAUCCAAAACAACCUCCAGUUACCAUGGAAACCACUAAGAGACUUAGUUGGCCACAGUCCACGGGCAUAUGUAGCAAUAUAAAAUCGGAACCUCUUUCUUUUGAGGAAGGUUUAAGCAGCAGCUGUGAACUGGGCAUGAAACAAGUUUCCUAUGACCAGAAUGAAAUGAAAGAACAGUUAAAAGCAUUCGCACUAAAAAAUGCAGAUUUCUCUUCCUAUUUGCUUUCUGAGCCACAAAAGCCUUUUACCCAAUUAGCUGCUCAGAAAAUGCAGGUGCAGCAACAACAGCAGCUCUGUGGAAAUUAUCCAACAAUACACUUUGGUAGCACGAGUUUCAAAAGGGCAGCAUCUGCAAUUGAAAAGUCCAUUGGGAUUUUGGGAAGUGGCUCCAAUCCUGCCACGGGCUUGCCUGGUCAGAACGCUCAGAUGCCCGUUCAGAACUUUGCCGACAGCAGCAAUGCAGAUGAAUUGGAACUGAAAUGCUCUUGCCGGCUGAAAGCCAUGAUUGUGUGCAAAGGCUGUGGGGCCUUCUGCCAUGACGACUGCAUAGGUCCUUCAAAACUCUGUGUAGCAUGCCUGGUUGUACGAUAAGAGCUGAGUGAAAGAUGCAGUAUCCCUUUUCCACACG